CCCUCCCUCCCUGCAGCCGCCGCCCGCCCGCGCGAGAAAGGUCAGGCCCGAUUAGCCUGCGACGGCGCUGUGCUGCUGCGUCGAGGCGACGGGUCAAGUCUCGCCGUCGAACCCCGUCCCCCGUGCCCGCGACCGCACCCUUGCCGCCGCCCCUUCUUCCUCUGCUCCGGCCUCCGGCGUUCCCCUUCCCCCUCGGCGCCAAGGAAGAGAGGGUUCACAGUCGCCCGCUCGCUCCUCGCCUGUACCCAUCGCGCGUGCAGCCGGUGAGGGGCUCGUGGGCGGGCGCUACGUGGGAGGAGAACUUGGGAUCCGCCAGCAUCCAGCAACGGAGGAGGACGGGAGAAAUCCUCUUGCUCUCCCAGUUCGGUUGUUCCCCGCGAUUGCCGGCUACCGGCGCCUUCAGCUGUCCGCGAGUUGAGUGCCCGCCACCUGUUCGACGGAAUGCUCGAGAUGGCUACUGCGAGUGACAGUGACCCUUUUGGAGACCUCCCCGACGAGCUCCUAUCGCGCGUGCUCUCCUUCCUUCCGGCAGAGAAUGCCGUGCAGACCUGUGUGCUCGACACCCGGUGGCGCGACCUCUGGAGGCGCUUGACCAGCUUGCUGUUCGUCUUUGAUGGGCCAACGUUUCCGCGAUACAACCGUUUCAAACAGUUGGUGAAGCUGGUCAUCUGUCUCCGUGGGAACUCGCCUCUCAUCAGGUGCGAGAUCGAUGCCUAUCCUGACGAUGAGCCGGAGAACACGUUCACAAACACCAGGUUGUUGAUUGACUACGCUCUGGCAUGCGAAGCUGAGGAACUCGUAGUAAGAGCAGCUGACAUUCAGUACGACCUACCGGUGUUCGAUGUGCCCCUUAGUCUCAUCUCCCAACACUUGAAGACCCUGCACCUUGAAGGGGUCAACCUCGAUCACUCUGCUUUGAACUUCUCAGGCUGCCCGGUGUUAGAGGACCUAAGGAUUCAACAGGAUUCAACUUUGCAACAUUCAUGCAUGUGAGAUAUCAUCCAUGUCACUAAAGCGCCUGUGCAUCACCGAGUGGUUUUAAUUGGGGCAGAUGGUUAAUUAUAUUUAGUUAUGAAUUUAGCUAGGUUUUUUCUUCAAGUUAUAUAUUUUUCUUCCUUUUAUAUGCAAAUUUAAAGUGGACAUGUGAUA